UUCAAUUAAUAUAACACAAAUUUAAUUGUUUUCUUUAAUACAUAUUUAAAAAAAAAAUUGUAUUCAAAUAUUUUUACAAAUAAGAAUUGUCUAGCAGAAGUUUCUUCAUUAUUGGUAUCACUGUCUCUAAUCUGUGUACUACUUCAAUCCAUUUCAUCAUCAUUAGGUUAAGAAUUAGUAAAUACAAACAUGCAACGAAACGAUUUCAUAACAAAAAUAAUCUUAUUAUACAUCGUGAUAAUAUGCAAAUAUGUAAUAGUGGUAGCUAUACAAGACGAUCAAUAUCAAAGUUAUCCUGCUCAAGGCUUAUAUAAUACCAGUGAUAAUGUAGUUGUAUUAAAUGCUACUAAUUUUAAAACAAGUGUUUAUGGAGAUUCAAAAGGAUGGUUAGUUGAAUUUUAUAAUAGCUGGUGCGGAUUUUGUUAUCGUUUUGCACCUACAUGGAAGGCUUUUGCAAGCGACGUUUAUUCCUGGAGAGAUAUUGUUGUUAUUGCAGCUAUAGAUUGUGCCGUAGAUGACAAUAAUCCAAUUUGUCGUGAAUAUGAAAUUAUGCAUUAUCCAACGCUUAAAUAUUUUCCUGUUAAUUCACAUUCUUCUUUCAUGGGUAUAAUAGUUGAAAAAGGUGAUAAUGUUGAUGACGUUAGACACAACUUAAUUAAAAGAUUGGAAAAAGAACAAGAAGAAGGACGUGGUAUAACAUGGCCUAACAUUACACCUUACAGGAAUGCAGAGAUAAAAGACAUAUGGAAAGUUGUACCUAAAACUGUAAAAUAUUUUUUUUUAUUAUUUGAGAAAACAGACUCUCAUAUGGGAACUGAAGUCAUAUUAGAUAUGCAUAAAAUUUCAAGUCUACAAAUACGUAGAGUUAUAUCCGACAAUGAAUUAUUAUGUGUAACAAGUAAAAUCACAAAAUUUCCAAGUCUAAUUGUAAUGGGUCAAAAAGAAUCGCAAAAGCUUUUAAAUAUUAGAAUACCAACGAGAGAAGGUAUUAUACAGACAAUUAAAAAUUAUAUGAAUUCAAAGGGUAUAAAUAUAGAUGAACAAAUUAUUGGGAAUUACAAUGGAGAAUUGCUAACUCAAAAAUCAAAUACAAUGAAUGAUACUAAAUCAAAUUCUCUUCAAAAACAGCAAUAUAACUCUGGUACAUUUGAAGAUCAUUUAUAUCAAUUAGAUUUGGAAAAUGCACUUAGAUAUUCCAUUUAUCAUGAAGUACCAAUGACUAAAAUUAUAGAAGGAGAAAAGAUGGAGGCAUUGAAAUUAUAUUUAAAUGCAAUAGCUAAAUAUUUUCCAAUGAGAUACAGUAGUAUCUUUCUUGACGUAAUUCGUGAUGUAAUAAAUAAAAAAGAAAAGAUAUCUGGAGAAGAAUUCAUUCGUUUAGUAAGAUCAACAGAGGAGGAAAUGUCACCAGUAUACUCAGGCCCACAGCAAUGGAUUGGAUGUAAAGGAAGUAAAGAAACAUAUAGAGGAUAUCCUUGUGGAUUAUGGACAAUGUUUCAUAUGUUAACUGUUAAUUUUGGAAUGGAAAAUAAAGAUAAAACACAUUAUAAUCCCAUUGAAGUAUUACGAGCUAUGUAUGGAUAUAUAAAAAAUUUCUUUGGUUGUGCCGAUUGUUCAAGACAUUUUGUAGAAAUGGCAUCGAGAAACAAAAUAUUUGAGGUACAGAAUGGAGAUGAUAAUAUAUUAUGGUUGUGGAAAGCUCAUAAUGAGGUUAAUGCAAGAUUAGCAGGAGAUGAAACAGAAGAUCCUGAACAUAAAAAAAUACAAUAUCCAUCGCAAGACCAUUGUUCGGAGUGUAGAUAUUUAAAUCAAACUUGGAAUGAAGCUCAAGUUUUAUAUUAUCUUAAAAGAAAGUAUAGUUAUGCAGGAAUAAAUUAUUACGGAUCUAGUGAAAAACAAAGUAAUGUAAAAAAUGGUGGAUCAAAAAUGAGACAAGAACGACUUGCUUCUAACAAAUAUAUAAGUCUUAAAAAAUUGGGUUGGGAUUUUACUGUAUUUGAUAUAAGCAUUUGUGUCGUAUUAUAUGUUACAUCUGCUACAAUACUCACACUUGUUUGCAUUAAAUUUGCUGUAAAAAGAACUUACAGAAAGAAAACAUACCUAAACUUACUUGGUAAAGUAUAAAUUCUUAUUAAGAACAAAAUUCACCGAUGUAUAUUGUAGCCAAUACAUUUUUUAAGAUAUUGUAUAUAUACACAAACACAUCUGUGUAUUCGACUGUAUAUAUUAUUAAUAUUAUUUAAUAAUCUAGUUCUUCUAUAUGUAUAUUUCCAUUUUUAUAUGUUAACAACAA